UUGGUCUCUCCGUGUCUCGUGUACCGCGAUACCCUCCGAAUUCCGCCAGAUUAAAUUUUAUCCACCUUUUGUGGCUGAUUUUAGUGGUCUGCACACCUGAAAAUCCGAAUAAGUGAUUCAUAGACAAGUGUUCAAGUGCAUCGAAUCGUUUGUUUGACGACGAUGCAGGCGAUAAAGUGCGUCGUUGUGGGUGACGGAGCUGUUGGUAAAACGUGCCUGCUCAUCAGUUACACCACCAAUGCCUUCCCCGGGGAGUACAUACCCACAGUCUUCGAUAACUACUCGGCCAAUGUUAUGGUCGAUGGUAAACCAAUUAAUCUAGGAUUAUGGGAUACAGCGGGACAGGAGGACUACGACAGGCUCAGGCCACUGUCCUAUCCUCAGACCGACGUCUUUCUCAUCUGCUUUUCACUUGUGAAUCCAGCUAGCUUUGAGAAUGUUCGGGCCAAGUGGUAUCCCGAGGUGCGUCAUCAUUGUCCAACUACGCCGAUCAUACUUGUGGGAACCAAGUUGGAUCUACGUGAGGAUAAAGAGACUAUUGAAAAACUCAAAGAUAAAAAACUUGCGCCUAUAACCUAUCCACAGGGAUUGGCAAUGGCCAAAGAAAUUGGAGCAGUUAAAUAUCUCGAGUGCUCAGCCCUAACGCAAAAGGGCCUGAAGACAGUGUUCGACGAGGCGAUACGCGCGGUAUUAUGUCCAGUACUACAGGCAAAACCAAAGCGCAAGUGUUGCCUCCUAUAAUAUUAAUUUUAUCAACGACGCCUGAUCGACCCUCGAGCGUGUGUCACCUGUCGUCCCGAGAGAAGUUGAAUUAGCGUGGAUCAAGUGAAAAAUUAUCUAUUGUUUCUCCCUCCUUCUCCCCUCUAUUACUGUAGGGAAAUAUUAAAGUGGCAGGAGUUGAUUAUCAGCGCACAAAAUACCGAGUGUACAGUGAAGGAAAAAAAAAUAAUGAAUGGGAGAGAGAGAGCUUAUCAAAUGUAUUUAUGGAGAACUAAAUACGAAAGAAAAUGAUGUGGAAUGUGUGUGGAACCGCAAUUUUUUUAAAUCCGUGGUUUCCGUACAGUGGAACAUUCAAUGUACAACAUUUUUUUUUUUCUAUUUAAGUAACAUUUUUCCUUGCAUUAUUAUGAAUCACGAUCGAGGUGAGUCAAGUAAACUCAGUGUCGGUGGAAUAAAUUCAAAAUCACGGGAAAUUUGAAUCGCAAAAAAAGGUGAAAUGUUUUUUUAAAGGGUCUCAUCAGAGUCGAGAGAAUUUGAACCAAUUGUGUACAGGGGAGGAAAGAAAUAAACUAGAAAAUAUAUAAAAUGAAAUAAAUUUUCUCAUCUCGUUGACAAUAAUUGCUGAGACAAUGUCAUUGUCGCUGCUGUUAUUGGGGACUCGAUGCACAAUACAAAAUGGUUUAGAUGUAAUGAACAUAAACGAAAGAGAAAUAGUUAUUACGAGAAAUUAUAAUAAUUAUAUGCAAACCAUGCUCUAGAGUCGUGCAAGUUUUAGGUGUUGUAGGCGGUGAGACGAGGGACAGGGGUUUCGGCGAGUGCAUUCUUAGGUGCUCUGUCGAUCCGUAUUUAUUGGCUUCGUUAGACAAUCCGGAUUUCGCUGCUCUCGCACAACUUGCGAUUUUUCUAAUUGAACGGGGGAACUUGAGGGACGUAAUGAGUUGACUGUUUUUAUUGUUGUGUAAUUAUUCCGUGAGUGAGGGCAUUCAAAGGGAAAUAGUUGUAGAUUUUUUUUGUAGAAAAUUUAAUUCUUAACAAAACGUGUUCUUUGAUAUUUUUUUAAUGUCGUCAUUUAUUACUGAGAAAAUUGUACUUGCAUUUGUGAUGGAAUAUCACUCGAUUUUUUACUUUUGAGUUUUCUUUUCUGUUUUUUUUUUUUCAGGAAAAAGAGAAAUUAGAGACAAAUGUCACAUGAACUUUUUGUAGGGAAUUUAAUUUCCAAGUGAAAAAAUCGUAUGAUAUUUUUUCUCAGAUUCCUCUACCAUCAACAUUCAAAUUAAAUAGCAAAUGUAUUCAAGUCGAAUUCCGCAAGAAGGGCAUACGUGUAAGAUGACUCAACUUUCAUUCCUCCAUAAUAACGCAAUUAUCUCAAAAACUCGUGGUUAAAAAAUGUCGUAUUAUAUUUUUGUAUGGAGAAUAUAAUUUGCAACAAAAAUUAUCCUUUGACUUUCCCCCUCAACCCAUCAGAUCUCCAGACUUUCUAGCAUUUACGAUCACACAGAUCAACUUUUUACGUCUCACGAUGUCACCACUGAAUCAUCGAUUCCAAAAGAAAAAAAAUCACUCUCAUCCCAACGUUGCCUACGAUGAAUAGGAACUAAAAACAAUUAACAAAGUGAAGUGAUGAGAAGCGUGAGUGAGUUGCACCGAAAUGAGGCAUUAACAAUAGGCCAAUAAAAUUCGAAAAAUGAACAGAGAAUUAAAAUAUCCUACGUUUUUUAUUUGGAUUCAUCCUCGGUGUGACUAGGUAAAGUAUGAAUGUUACGAACGCGUGGGUUAUACAACAAAAUAAAUAAAACGUAAAAAAAUAAAUGCAAGUGAGCGAGUGAUGAAAUAGCAAAUAAUUGUAAAUAACUGCUGGAGUUCAAACUCAUUCCUAUUACUGUCAUCAUCGCGUCGUAUGUGUAAGCUACUAAUCGAAACUAAAUCGACAAAAGGGAGAAAAAAACGUUACUUGUUUUUUAUAUAUAUAUUUGAGUAUAUACGAAAAAUAAUGGAAAAAACAAAAAUACGAGAUAAAAAUUAUGGGAUAAAUUGUCGAGUGGCCGAGCUGUGCUUUUUGUCGACAAAUUGGGAGGGGAAAUUUAUUUUUUAGGAUAUUCGUUGGUAAAUAUCUUUUUUAACACAUGAGAUGAGGGAUUUCACAUUUGCGAAAUUUCAAUUUUCAACUAGGGUUUUCAUAUCCAUUUUUUUUUUCUGUUGAGUGGAGCCUUUUGCAUUUUUUUCAGAGCCACAAGACUUUGAACUGGAAAUUGUCGUGUUGUUUAUGCAUGCAUAAUUUUGAAAAUAUUAGAGAAAUCUUAUCUCAUUGCUAAUACACUAUAUAUUUUAGAUCAAAAUGUUGUUUGGUGAUAAUUGCAGAAAAAUUACGAGAUUUUAGUAUUUUCGGCCAAAACAGCAGAUGAUUUCUUUUAUGUUUAUUAUUUUAUUCCACUAUUGUGAGGUCCUCAAACUACAAAGCAUUGGAUCAAGAAUUUUGUGAAUAAAAAUGUAGAAAGAUUAAGAAAAAAUAUGUCGUUUACCUUUUUUUCUUUUAUGAGUUUUUUUAGGAGUUUACACUACUUGUGGUUUUAUGGGGCUUACCAAAUUUCCUUUCAAAUUUGAUUGAUUAAAAUGAUUAGUCAAAUUUCUAAGGAGAUUGACAAUUAUUUGGAAUUGUCUCAGACUGAUCAUAAUUAGUUUAAGAUUUGAUUGAUUUAAAUAAUGAUCCAUCUACAAAAACACUGGAAGGUCGAAAAUGUAGUUCAUAACUUAAAGAAAUUAAGUACACUGAAUAGUUUUCCAUGGAUUUACCUUCAUUACUUCUUCUUGUCGGUAUGCGUAAAUAAACAUUACGGUAAUUGCCAAUCAAAGUCUGAAAAACUCAUUUCCAGCUAAUGCUAAACAUCGAUUAAUUCAUGCAAAAUUUCAGUUAUUCCAAGAUCAAACCAAUGAACUUUAUCAUCAAAAGAUUCAGAUUAUUUGAAAGGCUUAUCAAAAGGCUAAAAGGGUUUGCAAACAGAUAAAUGAAGGACAAAUUUGAAAAUAAUCAAUUUUAAUGGGAACAGUUUCAAUGAGCACGGUAACAACUGGGGUUAAACUCGAGCCAUUGAAAGCAUGGAAUUAUUAUAGAUAUUGUAACUAAAUUUGCUUUAUUAAAUGGGUGUUUACUAAAAUAA